AAACACCCUAACUUCCACCGUCAAAAAUGCUCUUCUACGACGCUGCCGGUCCUAAUCCAUAUGUCGUCCGCCUCUUCACCCUUGAGCGCGGCGGCCUCGCCUUCGACACUCGCACCAUAGACUUCAGCACCCUCGAGAACCGCAAGCCACCGUACCGCACGACCAUCAACCCGCGUGGUGAAUGCCCCGCCCUCCAAAUCAACGAUUCCUUCGUCCUCACCGAAAUUACCGCCAUCUGCGAAUACCUCGACGAGGUUGCAAAAGGCGGAACAUCCUUGUUUGGAAGCAACGCCCUUGAUCGCGCAGAGACGCGCAUGUGGCUCCGACGUGCAGACCUCGAGAUCGCCGAGCCGCUCAUCGCCUAUUUCAGGAACGAUCCCGAGCUUUGCGUGGACUUUUACAAAGGGUGGCGGACACCGGUUCCUGAGGCGAGGCUGGGGCAGAAAGUUGCCAUUAAUCAGGCACUGAAUCGGCUGGAUGAGGAGUUGGAGGGCAAGACGUGGCUUUGUGGAGACAGGUUCUCGGCUGCUGAUAUCCUGCUCUAUGGAUUGACGGCACAGUUGAUCGAAGUGGUUACCCCAUGGGUGUUGGCGCCUGGGAGGAAGAAUGUGGUGCAGUAUUUUAAGAGGAUGGAGGAGAGAGAGAAGAGCAAGUUGGCGAAGGAGUUGUUUAAGGGGGCUGUAGUGGUUUGAAGGGUAAUUGGAGGACUACAGUUACGAUGGCUUUCGCUUUCAAAAAAUUCUUUAGUUUUCCGCACUUCUAUAAACACGUAAAGGCAUCAAAAACUUACAAGAAUAAGAGAUUGUCAGCCAGGAUCACUCCGAUAACUCUCGUUUUUUCAACCUUAUUACAGUCAGUUAUUACACUACAGCCUUACCCCUUACACCACACAUUUAUCCACUGCAAGGGAAUAAGGAUCUUAAAGAGAAAACGUAUUCUUUUAGAUAGCAGCAUAUAUACCUUCAUAGGUAGUAGUAAUUUAGGG